ACUUGCUUUCUUGCUAGUGGUAUAUUUUUGCAUAUUUUUCAAUUGUAUAUUUUCAUAUUAGAUGUUAUAAGUGAUCUGUAUAACUAUGUAAGCGCCGAAACUGGCCUACCUACACCAAUUAUAUCGGACUUUCAUUACAAUGUUGUAAAGAAAAAUGCAGACCGCUUAAAUUCGGCUAUAAUAUAUGACCGUGAUUUUGGUUACAAUUAUUUUGGUUUCAAAACACUUGAGCGUUCCUAUUUACUCAAGUUGAAUGGCAAAAUUGUUGAACGUCCGCAGCACAUGUUAAUGCGUGUUUCCAUUGGUAUUCAUGGUGAAGAUAUUGAUGCCGCUAUUGAAACUUAUAACUUGCUUUCGGAACGCUAUUUCACACAUGCCUCUCCAACACUCUUUGCUGCUGCCACUCGCCAACCGCAAUUGUCAUCCUGUUUCCUAUUGACUAUGGCUGGUGAUUCCAUUGAUGGUAUAUUUACAUCUGCCCACCAAUGUGCUUUAAUUUCCAAGUCUGCUGGUGGCAUUGGACUAAAUGUCCAUUGCAUACGAGCAAAGGGCACAGCAAUCGCGGGCACAAAUGGCACUUCAAAUGGUUUGGUACCAAUGUUGCGGGUAUUCAAUAACGUUGCACGUUACGUAGAUCAGGGUGGUGGCAAGCGGCCUGGCGCCUUUGCCAUUUACUUGGAACCAUGGCAUGCAGAUAUUUUUGAGUUUUUGGAUUUGAAGAAGAAUACUGGAAAAGAAGAGCACCGAGCCAGAGAUUUAUUUUAUGCUUUGUGGAUACCAGAUUUAUUCAUGGAACGUGUGGAAGCUAACGGAGAGUGGUCAUUGAUGUGUCCACAUAAAUGUCCUGGCUUACAUGAGGUUUGGGGCGAAGAAUUCGAAAAAUUAUAUACAAAGUAUGAAAAGGAAGGACGCGCUAAUAAGACGGUGAAAGCUCAAAGUCUUUGGUUCGCCAUCAUUGAAUCCCAGGUGGAGACCGGUACACCUUAUAUGUUGUACAAGGAUGCCUGUAAUAGAAAAAGUAAUCAGCAAAAUAUUGGCACCAUUAAAUGCAGCAAUCUAUGCACUGAAAUUGUCGAAUAUUCUGCACCUGAUGAGGUGGCUGUAUGCAACUUAGCAUCAAUCGCUUUGAACAUGUUUGUCACACCUGAAAAAACUUACGAUUUCCAACGGCUCAAGGAAGUCACCAAAACUGUGACACGAAAUUUGAAUAAAAUCAUUGAAAUAAAUCACUACCCAUUGCCCGAGGCAAAAAAAUCAAACUUUAGACACCGUCCAAUCGGGAUCGGCGUACAAGGUUUUGCAGACGCUCUUAUACUUAUGCGCUAUCCGUACGAAAGCGAACAAGCAUUCCUUUUAAAUCAACAGGUUUUCGAAACCAUUUAUUAUGGUGCAUUAGAAGCUAGUUGUGAAUUGGCUGAGAAAUACGGUACCUAUGAAACUUAUGAAGGCUGUCCAGUUAGCAAGGGAAUUCUACAAUAUGACAUGUGGGAUAAGAAGCCCACUGAGCUCUGGAACUGGACAGAAUUGAAGGAGAAAAUUAAACAGCAUGGUGUUAGGAAUUCCCUCCUGCUUGCACCUAUGCCCACCGCUUCAACUGCGCAAAUCAUGGGCAAUAAUGAGUCAUUCGAACCCUACACUUCUAACAUCUACACACGUCGCGUACUCUCUGGCGAAUUUCAAGUUGUAAAUCAUCAUUUGCUGCGCGAUCUCACUGAGUUGGGUUUGUGGGAUGAUGACAUGAAAAAUAAAAUUAUUACUAGCCGUGGCUCCAUACAAGGCAUAGAAUCCAUACCGCAGCACAUUCGCGAUCUGUACAAAACUGUAUGGGAAAUCUCGGUUAAAACUUCAAUUAAAAUGGCAGCAGAUCGGGGAGCAUUCAUCGACCAAAGCCAAUCGUUUAACAUACAUGUCGCAGAGCCAAACUAUGGCAAACUAACUUCUAUACAUUUCUAUGGCUGGAAAGCGGGUCUAAAAACAGGAAUGUACUACUUACGUACCAAACCUGCUGCAAAUGCUAUACAAUUUACUGUGGACAAGAGUCGCAAAGAAACGAAUGGGGAAAUAAAAGCUAAACAAACCGAAGAAGCGGCAUCUCCCAAUCGAAGCCAGAAUAUGGCAGAUAUGGUUUGUUCCCUCGAAAAUAAGGACGCCUGCAUGUCUUGCGGAUCGUAAAGUGGAUAUUUCUAUGUUGAAGAUGUUUUGUAUUUGUUCUCUCGUAAUAUUUCAAAAAUAAAUUGUAUUGUUAAGCAUAAGUUAUUAAAACAAAAACUUAAUUGUAUUUUAUUUCCUUCUACCGUAACCUAUGAAGGUAGUUU